AUGCUUGUCGGCGGAUCAUCUCGAACCCACCGUGAACAACAAACAAUGCAGAAUAAUAAUCAACAAACUCAUUCAUCAAUAGAUGAUGAUGAUAAUCUACUUGAUAAUUAUCUUUCUCAAGAUCGAAAAAAAACAUCAUCAAAAAUAAUUCAAGAAGUUGCUUCAAGUACUAUUAUUGAAAGUUUAACAGCUGAAUGGUGGACAUUAAAUUUAUCUCAGACAGUUCUUAAUGAUUUACUUGAAAAUCUUAUUCCAUUAGUAGUUUUAGCUUGUGAAAAAGUUAUUAAUGAAGCAGAUGAACGUCAUUUAAUUGAAACAACAACAUCAGAUCGUUCAUUUAAUCCAAUUAAUCGUUUAGCAUCAUUUUUAAUGCGUAAUAAUCCGAAAUAUAUACAUUAUUCAUCAUUAUCACCAUAUCAUUAUUCAAUGAAAUCAUUAUUAAAUACAAAAAAAAUUCAAGUAUUAAAAAUCUAUGGUGAAGAAGAAACACUGUUACGUACAAUACUUAAACAAAGACAAAAUGAACGUAGUCAACAAUAUGAUACUAUUAGUAAAGAAGAAGAACGACGAAAAAAUUUACUUCGAACAUUCUUUUUUGAUUGGAAUGUGCCUGAAAGAGGAUGGAUUCAAACUAGAUUGAUAAACAAUAUGAUUGAACAAUUCAAUGAAAUAUCAAAACAAAAUGAUUUAAAAUUAAAUAUAUCUCCAUUUCAAUCACAUCGAAUGCAUCUUGGUGCAUUUACUGAAAAUUUUCUUAAUAGUUUAAAAAAUCAAUCAUUAGAAAAUUUUGAUUCAAUUAUAAAUACAUAUCGUCAUUACGCACAAACAUAUUCAAAUAUUGUUCAAGAACAUGAACUUAAUCUUCUCUUACAACGUCUUUUUAAUAAAUUAGAUGAUAAACAAAGUGACUAUCUUCUUCGACAAAAUGUUAUGAAAGUAUUACAAACAUUUUAUAAUGCUUUAAAUGAUAAUGAUAAACAAUAUGUUAAUCAACCAAAUCAAUGGCCUGUUGUUAAACAAACAAUAUUAAAUAAUGAAAUGAAAUCGAAUGAAACUUCAUCAGAAUCAGAAACAGUUCAACAAGAAAAACCACCUGGAUCACCAGUAACCAAUGAACAACAAAUUGUAUCAUCAAUUUCAGCUGAUGAAAAUAUAAAAAUUGACGAAGGACAAGAACAAACAAAUGAUGAACAAAAAAAAUUUAAUAUUGAAUUAAAACAUCCUUCAGUUUAUGAAGCUGAAUUUCGUUUUACAAAUGAACACAAACCAAUAUAUAAUUUAGAACAUUUUGAUACAAUUGAUCAUGAAAAAUCAAUACAAUUUGAUGAACAACUUAUCGAUAAAAUACAAUUUAGUGCUUUAUUAAUAUCAUUUUGUGGUUUGAAAAAAAAUGAAAUGGUUAUAUCAGCAUUAAUUGAUUAUUUUCGUUCAAAUUAUAAAGAAACAAAUGAAGAAAAAAAUGCAAAAAAGAUUCUUAUGCAACAACGUCUUAUUGAUGCAGAACAACGUACUCAAAGUGAUUUAGUCUUUGAAAAAAUGAAUACAACAUGUACAGGACUUAUUAAACUUGAGCCAUUGGUUAAUAUUCUUAAACAGUAUAAAGAUGGAGCAGCCAUUGAACAGAUUGAACAAGUUCUUCAAACAUAUCAAGAUCAAAAACAAUUAAGUAGUACACAAUUUUAUGAUCUUGUUAUUAAUAUUCAUCAAACACUUAAUGAAACAAUGGGUGGUGGUGAAAACUUCGAUGAACUUCUUAAAUAUAUUGAUAAUCAACAACCACAAAUAAAUGCAUCCGAUCGUACACGUAUUCAUACUCGUCAUCAAUGGUUAAAACGUAUACGUAAUAUUCCAUUUCGAACAUUAGGUUAUCUUUAUAAAGAAGUUAUGGAUAUAAUACAAAAAGAUUCGGAAACAUUUAGUAACCAACCAUCAAAACAUUUAAGUAUUUAUAUUGCUUUAUUGGAAAAUAAUAGAAAUCAAAUACGAUAUGUUGCUACAACAAAUGAUCAAACUGAUUUAUUAUUAGGUAAAACAUUAGAACGUGGUGAAGGCAUAUCUUUUCAAAUACUUGAUAGCGGAAAAUGGGCAUAUAUAAAUCAAACAAAAAAUCAUUCACGUAUUAAAUUUUUUAAUCCCGAUGAUAAAAAUCAAUCGGGUAGUUUUGUUUUAAUACCAUUAAAACGUUUGCAACAUACAUCUUCUAAUGGUUUAUUGGGUAUUGAUACAAUACAAGAUAAAAAAGAGAAAGCAUUUGCUCAACAUGAAGUACAAUUUUAUGAAGGCGUUGCAUCAGCAUUAUCAGAUACAUUUACAUUUGUUGAUUUUGAUAAGAAUAUGAUGAAAAUUCUUCAACGAUUUACUUAUUGGAUUGAACAACGAUGUUCAAAUGUUUCAAUUGUUGAUUAUUAUACUUAUGAACCUACAUCAAUGAAUACUCCAACAGAACGUUUACUUAAACAUGUUUUUACAUAUUCAAAUGGAAAUUUAACAAUUUUUGAUACACCAAAAUUAGUUAAUAGUCGUGAACAAGUAUUUAAAUAUAAUUUGGAACAUGCUGCUGUCAGUUGUCAAUCAACAAUAACAUCAUUUCUUGGUCAAACUCAUAUGAUACAAGCAAUACGUGGACGUGAUAAUUUUUGUUUUUCUUUAAUCGAUACAAAUAUUGGUGAACAAGAAGAUUUACCAGAUGAACAAAAACAAGAUUUAAUAACGAUGUAUCGUUGUAUUUAUAUGGCUGUUGAUGAAUUAGAACAAGAAUUAAUUGAUGAUACAACAAAACAAUUUUUAACUUAUGAAAAACAAUCCGAUGAAAUGCGUUUAAAUUAUCUUUUUGAUCGUAUUUGGUAUAUGGAUAUAUGUAAUAAAAUAAAACAAUUAUCAUCAGAUACAAUAUAUGAAUUUAUUAAUAAUAAAUCAAAAUGGAAUGAUCAAAUAAAACAAAUUUUAUCUAUUAUUAGUCGACUUGUUAAACAUAAAGAAUUAAAUCCAACUGAUUUAUCACGUUUUGAUUAUGAUCCAAUCGUACCUGCAUUUCUUGAUCUUAUUUCUCAAUUACGAAAUGAUCAUCGUACAUCAGAAUAUAAACAUUGGAAUAAACUUCUUGAUACGUCAGUAUUUAUUUCAAAAUUAAAUUUAACUUAUUCAAAUUUAUUAACACAAAAUACAACAACAGAUAUAUGUGAAUUAUUUCAAUGUAUUAUUGAUCUACUUAAUAAUUCUUUAUCACAACAAUCAUCUGUUUAUUCAACAAAUGUUAUUGAACAAGUACAAAAUUUCAAAUUAACAACAUUGUCACUUGAAUAUUUAAAUAAAUUAUUUGUUGAAACAGAAGAACAACUUCAUGAUAAAAUCACCUUAGAUAGUCUCGAUACACAAGCAUCAAAUAUAAUUCAAUAUGUUGAUAUUACUUGGUUAUUACAUCAUAUACAAUCUGGUUCAACGAUAAAACAUACUUUUUCAGGACAAAUACUUCAUGCACAUUGUUGUAAUAAUUGUUUUCAUGUUCACUUUCGUACUGAACCAUUUCCAAUGUUAACAUUAUCAAUUAAUAAAACAAAUCAAACAUUAGAACAAAUUAUUUCUCAAUUAACAAAAAUUGAACUUAUUGAUUCAAUAUCAUGUUCAUAUUGUUCUAAUCAAAUAAAAAAUGAACAAGAAAGAAUGAUUAAACAUGAUGCACUUCUCACUACAAUAACAACGACUGUAUCACCUAUUGUUACAUCACGUCGUCAACUUUCCGAUCAUAUAUUUUCAUCAACACCAAUAUCAUCUUCUACAACGAAUAUUCUUCCAUCAACAAAAAAUCACAUUCAUCAUAGAAUAAAAAGUCAAAAAAUGAUUUCAAAUUUUCCUGAUAUUCUUUGUAUUCAAUUAAAACGUUUUUCACAUGAUCGUCUAUCAAAUCGAACAAUAAAAUUAAAUACAUCAAUUAUAAUUGAACCAGAAAAAAUCCUUGAUUUGUCAUAUCUUCAUUAUACAACAUGGCUUGGAUUAAGAAAUUCAUCGAUUUCUUAUCAUUAUCGUUUAAUAGCUAUUUGUUUACAUUUAUCAGAAAAUUCUUCUUCAUCAUUAUCAUCUAUACAUUUAACAAAAAGAAUCAAUGACCAUUAUGUUUGUUUAUAUCGUACAGAUCAUAAUCAAUGGUUUUUAAGUGAUGAUGAACGUAUAAUAGAAAUAAAUGAUAUAAAUAAUCUUUUUCAAACAUCAUAUGUAACUGAAAAUUGUUAUCUUUUAUUCUAUGAAAGAUAUUUAUGA